UUUUAAAGCAAGGGAGUUAAUAGGGAAAAAAAAAAAAACGAAUUGGCUGUAAGAUUAGAGUAACUGCCCUUGGUUUUGUCAGUGUUACAUUUCCCCCGACCGUGUGAUUUGAUAAACGGUCAACACUUGACGAUGGCUGGAUGUCAUUCAAACAUUUCACGUGGGAAUUUUCCUUCGUCUGGCAAAUUUUAGGAGAUUACCAACUUUAGUCACAUUAUUAGUGACGUGAACUGCCUGGAGACAUAUUUUGAGGAAAAAAAUAAGCAAUAAUAACAUGAUGGGAGAAAGUUUAGGCGAUCAAAUGUGGCAUCUGUUAAUUAGUCUGUCAGAAGACCAUUCUGCCCGUGUAAUGGCAUCGUUGAUGGCGGGUUCCUUUUUCAAACAUUGUAUAUCGGUCUGGUUCCAUCGAAAUCGAUGUAAUUAUUUUGUUACUGUAGGAAGGGUGUCUGCUAUAUUUUGUUACCCGGUGAAAUCUUGUCGUUGGUUGUCCGUCGAAAGGGCGUGGUGCACCCGUUUGGGGAUUUCUUACAAGGACGUCGGUGACAGGCAGUGGAUGUUUGUACGUCCCAACAACGCCUUCCUGUCUCAGCGGCAAGAACCCAAAAUGUCUUUGAUCACGCCUAAUGUGGACGAGGAAGAUUGCUUACAGCUUGAGGCACCAGAAAUGAAACCUUUACGCUUACCAAAGAAAUCUAAGAAUCAAAAUAAAAACAUCAUUUUAUGCAGUGUGUGGGGUAACGAAAUCAGUGGCCAGGACUGUGGUGAUGAAGCCGCUACAUGGAUAUGUGACUAUCUACAGAAAGAUGGCUAUCGUAUGGUAUAUUCUGGGGACAAUUUGGAAAAAAGAAACGUCAAACCUAAGCAGUAUUCACCAAUACAAAAUGCACAGUGUGUCUACCAAGACAGUUCACCCUACCACCUCCUGUCUCAGGCAUCAAUUGAUGAUAUCAACAGCCGAAUAAAUAAAGAAGUCACAGUUUAUAACUUCCGACCGAAUAUUCUUGUAGAAGGAUGUAUGGCUUUUGAUGAGGAUUGUUGGGAUGAGAUCCGAAUUGGUACCAAUGUGACAUUUCAUUACAUAGAACCAUGUAGCAGGUGCCUGCUUCCUUCUGUUGAACCAAACACAGGAGAGAAAGAUCCAGAAAUGGAACCUUUUAAAACGUUACAGAGCUUCCGGGCCCCUCGUGGAACGAAAUCCCCAAAUUUUGGUAUUAUGAUCAGUCCUAACACUGAAGGAUGGAUUCAAGUUGGUGAUCCGGUGUAUGCUUUCCGGAAAUAAAAUUUUCAAUAUUUUUGUAUUUGCUAUCAAAGAUAAUAUUGUAAAAAAAAAAAAAAAAAGAAAGAACAAUAGAUUAUAUUUUUUUUUAUUUUAUAUCAAAAUUUAAACAGUGAAUUAUUGAAAACAUUAAAGUCUGACUAAAUGACUUUGAUUUACCUCCAAACGUAAUGAGUUUAAACAGUUGAUAUUUACUUUCAUUGUUCACUAAAAUACCAGUAAUAUACGACUCCUUCAGCAAUUCAGCUGAGUCUGUAUCGUUGCUUGGAAAACCUAAGCCAAAUUGAAAAAAGUUCUUAUGUUCGAAUUAUGUCUGUUGAAUGAUGACGAGUUUUAAUUAAUUUGUAGUAAUUGAUGCAACGAGAAGGCAGGACCAAACAGCUGUGCUGUUUUUAUAGAAUCCUUGACGCCCUUUACAACUGUAUUUGGCAUGGAAACGGACAAUCAAAUUUUCGCGGUAUUCCAAUAAAAGCCAAUUUACGUUUUGCUCUUAUCUAGUGCAAUCAGAAUGAGA